AUGGCUGCGCAAGUGGCAUCGGCUCCGACCAGAACUAAUAACAAAAAUAAGAAAUUAUCCAGCGGUUUGGGUCCGGAGCUCAAUUCGGGGAAAUCCGGAGGAGGCGGAGGAGGAGGGACCGUACAGCGAACUGGACCGAUGCUGGGUGCCGGAGAUGGGACUCUGAAUAAUGUAGACCAUCACCGCCGAAACGAGCUCAACAUGGUCCAUUCAACUUCCACGACUCACAACGCUCCGGACGGCCACGACAAGGAUGGGAAUAACCUUACGUCCGCCUCGGCGUCGACUAAUUCAACCACUUCCUCGAUGGAAACGGGUUUGAUCGCGAACCACAAGCUGAAAUGUGUGGGGAGCGGAGAUUCCCCUCAGUCCCAACCGCUGCCUCAGCAGCAGCCGCCGCCGCAAUUCGGCCAAUUUGCGCCACAUCAGCAGCGACAGAUCCAAAGUAAUAACACCGCCAAUAACAACGGCCAGGGGCCUCGGGGGGACAGGGGUAUGGAUCACCAACACCACGGUGGCAAAGAGAACCUGUUGGGGGGGCACGGGGAGCCACAGCAGCAGCACAUGCCAGGGAAAGGUGAGGGGGACCUCACCUGUAAACCCGCGGAGAGGAUGACGAGUACCAGGUACGAACAUUCUAACUUGGGGCCAACUACUAACAACUCAGAGUUUAAUAACAACUAUUAUACUCCAAGGCCCUGUUAUGAGCAACAUGGCGGACAGCAGCAACAAAGCGGUGGGAUGGGGAUAACGCACUCCUCGGCGCAUAACAGCAUGGAGAACUCCCACGAAGCGGGGUUCCACAACAGCCAGUACAACCAAUACCCGGCGUACCGGGCGGGCUACGGCGGCGGGGCCUACGGGAUGAUGGGCCCCUCUGGAUGCCGGCAACCAGGGAACAUGAUGAUGGGCAGCAACUCCUCAACAAGCCACGGCAAGUCUCCACUGGGAGCUGGUUCGGGUGGCUUUCAGAGGUUCCCGGGACAAACUCAGCAGCAACAGCAUCCCUCAGGGGCCACCCCGACCCUCAACCAGCUGCUGACGUCCCCCAGCCCCAUGAUGCGGGGUUAUGGCGGUGCCUAUCAAGACUACAGUGGCCCCACGGCGCAGCAGCAAGCCGGUAUGGGCCUGGGGAAAGAUGUGGGGGCCCAGUACGGAGCAGCCUCGGCUCACGUCUGGGGAGGACAGCAGAGAAACCACCCUCACUCAAUGAGCCCGGGAAACGGAGGGCCAGGCCUCGGCAGGACGCAGGUGUCCUCCAUGGACUUCAUGGCUUUGAAGCGCUCGCAGCUGUACGGCAUGGCGAACAAUCCCUACUCCACUCCACAGCAGCCAGGGGGUGGCCCUUACCCCUCUAGCCAGCCAUACACGUCGCCUCCUCCGCACCGAUAUCCAAUGAGCAUUCAAGGGAGGGGCCAACUGGGCAUGGGCGGAAUGCAGUACCCUCAACAGCAGGGAACCCCUCCGUACUUCAGCCCCCCUCAGCAGACCCCUCCAGGCCCGACCCAGAGUCCCUACCUACAGCCGCGACCACCACCACAACAGGAGGCCCAGCAGGAGAACUACAGCGCCAGGGGUCCUGCUCCAGGGAAUUCUGGGAAGGCCAACAACGAAGAUGGCGUCUCCCAGGAUCGCCCUUCCAGUCUGCCGGAUCUGUCCGGCUCGAUUGAUGACCUCCCCACAGGGACGGAGGUUGGUCUGGGCUCAGCCGUCAGCGCCGGUGGCUCCUCCAGCAGCAGCAGUAGUAGCCAGGGGGAGCAGGGAGGCGCCAGUAACCAGGGACAGUCCCCCUUCUCCCCACACGCCUCCCCACACCUCCCCAGCCAGCGGAGCGGCCCCUCUCCCUCCCCUGUUGGCUCGCCCGCAGGCUCCACUCAGUCCCAGCAGUCCCGAUCUGGCUCUGGACCCAUCUCUCCUGCCAGCGGACCCUCUGCCAACACCGCCGUACCAGGUUCCACCAUGGCCCCACAGAGCUCUGGCAACGGACCAGAUGGAUCCCACCCACCAAUCACCCGCUCACCUAUGGCUCAGGAGAGAGGGUUCAUGUCUAACAUGCAGAGGAACCAGGCUGGCUCCCAGUUUGCUUCUCCUCAGUCCGGACCCUCCAUGUCCCCGCACCCUUCACCUGGGGGCCCAUUGUAUCCAGGGAUGGGUCCUUACUCCCAGAGCGGCCCCACAGGCCCUUAUGGACCUCAAGGAUCUCAGUAUGGACACCAAGGUAACUACCCUCGGCCCUCUAACUACAGCGGGACGGCCAGCACCAGCUACAGCGGCCCCGGCCCCGGCCUGACCAACAGUCUGGGAAUGAAUGCGAGCAGCCCUAUGCACGGCCAGGGCCCCGGCCAGCCCAUACCUGUAGGACGUAGCCAUGGUCCAGGUAACCAGAACAGGGUGUAUCCACCUAUGGCUCCCAGCUCCCCCAGCAUGCCUCAGCCAGCUGGGCCAGGGAUGGGCCCUCCUUCUUUGGGUAGCUCAAACCGCAAGGCCCAGGAGGCAGCAGCAGCUGGCAUGCCAGGAUCUGCCAACUCAACACACAAUAGGCAGGGCAGCUAUCAAGGCCCUGGCAUCAGCCAGGCAAGCACCACUGUCCCCUACAGCCAGCCAACAGGCAACAACAGCUCAGCCAUCGGAGCCAUGGGAAUGUCCGGAGACAGCAUGAUGAGUCCAGAUGGGAAACCCAAAACGGACGUGAAAGAUGACACAGGCCCCACCAACGAGCCUCACAAACCAAAGCUACAGGACGGCUACAGCAACAAUAACAGUAGCAGUGGCUCCCAGCAGUGUGUGUCCCAGCCAGCCACGCCAGGUGGUGCCCUGCCCGUACCCUCCCCCCUCUCACCCAGCCCAGCCAGCCUGUCCUCCUACCACGGAGACGACAGCGACAGCAUCAGCAGCCCCCCUUGGCCUCUCAAGACCCCCUCCAGCCCCAAAGCCAACCCUAACCCCUCCUCCCUCAGCGGGGAGCGAAUCACACGCCUUUAUGAGCUUGGUGUGGAGCCGGAGCGGCGGGGCUGGGUGGAACGAUACCUGAACUUCAUGGAGGAGAGGGGCACGCCUGUUGCCCAACUGCCCGCUGUGGGCAAAAAGCCACUGGAUCUCUGGAAGCUCUAUAUGGCUGUUCGGGAGAUCGGAGGCCUCGCCAUGGUGAACAAGAACAAGAAGUGGCGUGAGCUGUCCACCACCCUGAACGUUGGCACGUCAAGCAGCUCCGCCAGCUCCCUCAAGAAGCAGUACAUCCAGUAUCUGUUUGCCUAUGAGUGUAAGAUGGAGAGAGGAGAAGAGCCGCCGGCAGACAGCAGCAGCAGCAGCAGCAGCAGCAGCAUGGCUGGAGGGGACAACAGAAAGCAGGUCAAGAUCCAGCCGCCCUCACCUGCUAAUUCAGGCGGCUCCCUCCAAGGCCCACAGACGCCCCAGUCCUCUGGCAGCAGCUCUACAGCAGAGGCAGCAGGGGAUCUGAAACCCCCCACACCUGCUACCACCCCUCUGGGACAGGUCACUCCACUGCCCCCUAACAGUAGUGUGAGCAUACAGGACCCCUUCUCGGAGGUGAGUGACCCGGCCUUCCAGAAGCGUGCCACCUCCCUGCCCCCCUCAGCUCCUUACCAGCAGGGCCUCAGCAUGCCUGACAUGAUGAUGAGGAUGCAGUACGACGCCAAGGACCCCUUCGCCGGGAUGAGGAAGAUGGCAGGAGCUGAUCCCUACAUGCCGGGCCAGAUGCCUGGUGGUGGUAUGCAAGACAUGUAUGGUCGACCCCCAUCUGCCCUGAGCAUGAGCCAAAGGUCACAGUAUCCGUACGGGCCAGGCUAUGACAGGAGACCAGACCAUGUGAUGGGGAUGGAGGGGAGCAUGGGUCCCCCUGGGAGUCAGAACAACCUGGGGCCCUCCAACAGUGAAGGCAGCAUGUACUCUCCCAGCAGAUACCCUUCACAGCAGAGGUGUGUACAUGAUGGCUACGGUCAGCAGUAUCCCGGCAUGCCAUAUGGGAUGCAUCCUUCUGGGAUGUACCCUCAACAGCAGGGCUACAAACGGCCCAUGGACGGUAUGUAUGGCCCCCCACCCAAGAGACACGAGAGUGACAUGUAUGCCAUGCAGUACGCCAACCAGCAGCCGGAAAUGUACAACCACUACGGUGGUGGGUACUCAGGCCCUGAACACAGAGCCAUACAGGGACAGUUCCCCUACCCCUACCCCCGCGACCGUAUGGCCCCCUCAGGACAGAGCCAGCACAGUAUGAUGGGUGGGGGGCCCACUCCUAACCACGCUGCCGAUGGGCCCAACAUGUGGCCAUCCAGGACAGACCUCGGCUAUCCUUACCCCAACCGACAGGGACCGCCGUCUCAAAUGCCGCCUUACGGCUCAAUUGGUAGAGAUGACAUGGACGGGCGGCCCGGGCAGGAGCAGUGGCACCGUCAGUCCCCCUACAUGUCAUCAUCAGCCGGCAUGCCUCCCCUAUCUUCACGCCAGCCAUCGUCUUUUUCCAACUCCCCAUCCAUGGCCAACCACCUGCCCAGAGCACCCAGCCCAGGGGCCUUCCAGCGCUCCCUGGACUCUCGGAUGUCACCCAGCAAAGUACCGUUCAUGUCACCCAUGAAGAUGCCUAAGCCUGGGAUGGCCAUGAUGGGCUCACAGAUCAGUGGACCCAUGGGUCAGUUUCCUCCCAACCUGAGGAGGGACCUCAACUACCCGCCAGGAUCAGUGGAGGCCACCAUGUCCAUCCUCAAGCCUCGACGCAAACUUACCUCCAAGGACACUGGAACGCCUGAGGCCUGGCGCGUCAUGAUGUCUCUGAAGUCUGGCCUGCUGGCAGAGAGCACAUGGGCUCUAGACACCAUCAACAUCCUCCUGUACGAUGACAGCACUGUGGCCUCCUUUAACCUCUCCCAGUUGCCUGGAUUCCUCGAGCUCAUCGUCGAGUACUUCCGCCGCUGUCUGAUCGAGAUCUUUGGCAUCUUGGAGGAGUUUGAGGUGGGGACUGUGGCUCAUAAAAGCCUUUUGGAUCCUCCUUCUAAACAGAAAGAAGAAUCCAUCCCUGACCAGGAAACUGAUUCGACUGUCCAACCUGAAUCAGAGUCAGCCCCCGCAGCAGCAGAGCUGCAAGAGGAGCAAGCAGGAGCCGUCGUGGAGGAAGCUCCACCCGUCGCUGCUGCGCCAGAGUCAGCAGUGGUGAAUGGUGAAAAGGAGGAGUCUGAGACGAGUGGAAAGAAGGAGGACAAGAAUAAAGAAGAUGGAGAGAAAGAGGAGAAGGAAGAAAAGAGUGAAGAUGGAGCAGAGAGUAAAAAGGAGUCUAUGGACCAACCUGUUGCAGAACUAGAGCCUAAACCUCAACAAGCCAGCAAAUACGAUAAGCUCCCAAUCAAGAUCAUCCACAAAGAGGACCUGAUUGAAGACAUGACAGAGCACUUAGGUUACGUCACCGAGUUCACCAGUGGGCUGCUACACUGGCAGGCCGGUGGAGGCGACUCCACCGCACACAUUCAGACACACUUUGAACCACGUACUGCGCCACCUGCCAGGGCGGAUGAGAAGAUCGGAAAGGAGAACAAACAGGAAAACAAGAUGGAGGUGGAAAAGAAACAACCUCUGAAACAUAUCACCGCUACUAUAGAUGAUGUUUUGUGUGCUCGGGUUGACGCCCUCUCUUACGCUCACCCAGCACGCUCCUUGCCAUCCUACCCAUUCAGGGUGCAUUCAGAUGGGGAGCAGGACCACAUCACCUUGCUGGAGGAUGAGCCCCGCUGCCUGGAUGAGGCUCCGCUCUCCACAACAUCCUCCUGGCAGGACUCGCUGUCCAAGCGGUGCCUCUGUGUCUCCAACAUCGUCCGGAGCCUGUCUUUCAUCCCGGGGAACGACUUGGAUAUGUCACGCCACCCUGCUCUGGUUCUUCUUUUGGGCAGGCUGCUCCUGCUGCACCACCAGCACCCGGAGAGGAACAGGUCGCCCCCUAGCUACCAGAGAGACGAACAGCAGGAGCAGGGGCUGUCGAGUAGCAAAGAGGAGUGGUGGUGGGAGUGUCUGAGUCUGCUCAGGGAGAAUGCCAUGGUCACACUGGCCAACAUCUCUGGCCAGCUGGAUCUCUCCAACUAUUCAGACACUAUCUGCCUCCCCAUCCUGGAUGGCCUUCUCCACUGGAUGGUGUGCCCUUCAGCUGAGGCCCAGGACCCCUUCCCGUCAGCAGCACCCCACUCCCAGCUCACUCCUCAAAGGCUGGUGCUGGAGUGCCUCUGCAAGCUGAGCAUCCAAGAAGGCAACGUGGACCUCCUGCUAGCUACGCCUCCUUUCAGCCGACAGGAGAAACUCUUCACUGUCCUGGUCCGUUACGUGGGUCAGAGGAAGGCCCAGGUGUACAGGGAGAUGGCAGUGGCUGUCCUCUCCCACCUGGCGCAAGGAGACCCCACAGCGGCACGUGCCAUUGCCAUGCAGAAGGGCAGCGUGGGUAAUUUGGUAGGUUUCUUGGAGGACGGUGUUAGCAUGGCGCAGUACCAGCAGAACCCUCACAGCUUACUGCACAUGGGGCAUCCCCCUAUGGACCCACCGAGCAUAAACAUGAUGUGCAGAGCAGCUAAAGGCCUGCUGGCCAUGGCUAAAGUGGAGGAGAACAAGACAGAGUUUGUGCUGUACGAAAGCAGAUUAUUAGACAUCUCCAUUUCUUCGGUGCUCAGCGCGGGAGUGGUGGCUAUUAUUUGCCAAGUUCUCUUUCACUUAGGGAAAUUAUGACAGGAGGAGAGGCAGGACUUACACAGCAGACCCUAAGGUGGACAAGAUAUUUCUGUGGUUUUCUAUUUUUAUUUAUCAAAAUUACAGAAAAUGUUUGUUUUUUUAAAAGAAGUAUCCACAUAAACAAAAUAUCUAUAUAUGUAUAGCUUCUGGGCCCUGUUAAAAAAGUGGGUUUGGGAUUUGAAAGCUCAUUUUAAUACAAAUAUUUAAUACCUGCUGGUGUUGGAUUGCUAUGUUUAAUAUUUUGUUUGGCAUUUGUUUUUGUUUGUUUACUUUUUCAGCCAAAGCUGCCACCAGAUUUUGGUGCUGAAUUACAUGGUUCCUUUUGAGUCGAUGAGUUGUUGAGAUGUUUUUCAGUUUUAUAAAUGCUAAUAUACUCAUCAACAUUUUGUUAAUGGAGAGUAUUUAUUUAAAAUGUGACACUGUACAGUAGUUUGAACUUUUUUGCCAACAGUUGUGGGGGAAAAAAACACUGACUUUUUAAAUUGAAAUGUAUAUGUCUCCAUCGCUGGAAGAUAAAUUGUGCAAUAGGACUAGAGCAAGUUGUCCGUUUUGAGAACAAGAAGAAAAUGUAACUCUUUAAAGACACCUGCAGUGUGUGCUUUAGGCCAUGAGGAGGCAGCAUUGCACCAGCCAAUCAACAUGAGAGAAGCGCAUCUGUCAAAAAAAGUGUCUAAUUUAUCAAUCAUAGCCUCAACGACUUUCACAGAUGAACUUUGUGUUUCCUAAGCACUUGUGUUAUGUCUGUAUUUUUUCAUCACUGUGUAUAUAAACCGUUGUACAAUGGACGCACAUGAUUCUUUCAGUCUCUAUCAAGCAUAGCAAGAGAUGGGACUUUCUGACUAUUAUAACAAAUGCUUUUAUUGUUGGUAAAAUUUGUUAUUGUUAUUAUACAUAUUUUGUUAAUGGGGUCAAAUAUUUGAACAUGGCAGAUGUAACUGAUGUUUCAAUGUAAAAAUUCCUGUAUGCAUUGUAUUAUAGCUGAGAAAACAAUCGCUUUGGUAAUCAAACGUGGAAGUGCCAGGGUGAGAGGAUAUCUAGGCGAGGUCACAUAAGAAACCUGAACACAUUUCUGUUUGUUACUGUCCUCCAUACAUGUCAAUGGGCAUAUUUUUGAAUCUAGAUAAUGCUCUAAAAGAAAAGUCUGAAAAGAUCCUUCAAAAUGUCCUGAAAGCUCAUUGUAAAAUUUGCCUUUUUUCGUAUGUCUCUCUUUUAUUCAGUAUACACAUUUAUACUCUGUGCUGCACAUGUCACAAAUAAAUGUACGAUGAACAUCGUUAAGCACCGGAGACGUUGCAUUAUGUCCAGACAAUCUUAGGCCAAUAAAACAAAC